AUGGGGAACAGGACAGAAGUGACUGAGUUCACCCUCCUCGGACUGACCAGCGCCCCAGACCUGCAGGUCCCCCUCUUCAUCAUGUUCACUCUCAUCUACCUCAUCAGUGUGGUUGGAAACCUGGGGAUAAUUAUCUUGAUUCUCAUGGACUCUCAUCUCCACACUCCCAUGUAUUUUUUCCUUAGUAACCUCUCUUUGGUUGACUUUUGUUACUCUACAGCUGUCACUCCCAAGGUCAUAGCUGGAUUCCUCAUAGGAGACAAGGUCAUCUCCUACAUUGCAUGCGCUGCUCAGAUGUUCUUUUUCGUAGCCUUGGCCACUGUGGAAAAUUUCCUCUUGGCCUCCAUGGCCUAUGACCGCUACGCAGCAGUGUGCAAGCCCCUGCACUACACCAGCACCAUGACACCCGGGGUGUGUGCGCGUCUGGCCGUAGGUUCCUACAUCUGUGGUUUUCUGAAUGCCUCUGUCCACGUUAGGGACACAUUCAGCCUCUCUUUCUGUAUGUCGAAUCUGGUCCAUCACUUUUUCUGCGAUGUUCCAGCAGUUAUGGCUCUCUCUUGUUCUGACAGACAUAUUGGUGAGCUGAUUCUUGUUGUCGUGGCAAGCUUCAACAUCUGUUUUGCUCUCGUGGUUAUCUUGAUUUCCUACAUGUUCAUAUUUGUCACCAUCCUGAAGAUGCACUCAGCUGAUGGAUAUCAGAAGGCUCUGUCCACCUGCGCCUCUCACCUCACUACAGUCUCCAUCUUCUAUGGAACUAUUAUCUUCACUUACUUACAGCCCAGCUCCAGCCAUUCCAUGGACACAGACAAAAUUGCAUCUGUGUUUUAUACUAUAGUCAUCCCCAUGCUGAACCCCCUGGUCUAUAGCUUGAGAAACAAGGAGGUAAAAAAUGCAUUCAAGAAGGUUGUUGAGAAGGCAAAACUGUCUCUAAGCUUCACCUGUUAA